AUGGGUGGAGGUAAAAUCCAUAAACCCGUAGUGUAUGAUAUCAUGGUAUAUGAAAAUAGGCAAAUGUAUUAUCGAAUUCAUAAUGUUCCUACAACUUAUUCACGUAAAGUCAUUCAAUUAAAAAUUA